CCCAAAUUCAAAGGGGCACUCGGUGCUUGCUUCACAUUCAGCAACCGUCGUGCCGGUCACUCAGUGCCAGAUGAGCCACGCUCAAGGCCGGGUCCUUCGCUUAGAAAAGGGCGCGCAUGCACGGGACCCCGCCUCAGCUCCAGCGUUUUUUUUUGUUCUGGGGGACCCAGCAUAUCUCCGGCAGCAACCGCGCUCGGCUGCGUGCAUACUUAAUACAUCUGUUCUACUCUGCCAUUGCUUCAGAACCACCUUUUUUAUUCCACCCUCCCACGGACCCCUUUGAUCUGCUCAGCCCUGUGCCGCCUUGGAGCAAAACAUUGCCAACUACUUCCCAGCGCCUUUUUCUUCCUCCACCCACACCAUGCCCCGUCGCUCAUCGACGGCCCCCGCCUUGCCAGUAGUGGCCUCCAUUGACAUCGGAACCACCUCUGCCCGGUGCAUUUUGUUUGCCAAAGACGGCAGCGAGGUUGCCAAGCAUCAAAUCGAGUACUCCACAUCGGCCUCGGAGGCUCCUGCGGAAUCGCUGAACACGGACCAGUUCCGCAGAAGAUCCUCGCUUGCACGCAACAACGAGCCCAUUUUUACCGCCGAGGGUAUCGCCAUUCUGAUUGGCGACCACAUUGAAAUCGAGAACAACGCGGCCUCCGUCGGGCCCACGUUGCGCUUCCCGCAGCCCGGCUGGGUCGAGUGUAUGCCGGUGCACAUUUUGGCCAAUGCCGUGCAAUGUCUCGUGGCGUGCUUGAUCACGUUGCGCAAAAUCAACCAGAACCCGGACCUCAAGGUCAAGUACCGCGUGAAGUGCAUUGGCAUUGCCAACAUGCGUGAAACCACCAUCGUGUGGCACAAGAAAACCGGCCGGCCCUUGAGCAACGGUAUCACGUGGACCGACACCAGAACGGCCGAGAUCGUGCAGCAUUUGGAGAACAUGACCGACCAGGAGACCAAGGACAAGAUGCGCGAGAAGACCGGCUUGCCGCUCCUGACGUAUUUCUCCGCCGCCAAGUUGCGCUGGCUCAUAGACAACGACGACGUCAUCAGAGAAGAGUACGAGAAGGGCGAGAACUUGAUGUUUGGAACCGUGGACACCUGGCUCAUCUACCACUUGACCAAGGAACACACCUACGUGACUGACGUGACCAACGCGUCGCGCACUGCGUUCAUGGACCUCGACUCGCGCGACUACGACGAGGAGUUGUUGGAGUACUGGGGCAUUGACCGCGAAAAGAUCAUGAUGCCCAAGAUCGUGUCCUCGUCGGAGUUCUACGGCUCGUUUGUCGCGCCCAACCUCUCCAACUUGGGCUUCCACAACAAGAUCACCCAGGAGGCCUACGACAUCCUCAAAACCAUCUACAACGUGCCCAUCUGCGGGUGUUUGGGCGAUCAGUCCGCAUCCUUGGUGGGGCAAUUGGCCGUCAAGCCCGGCUCCGCCAAAUGCACCUACGGAACCGGCUGUUUUCUUCUUUACAAUACUGGAAAAAACAAGUUGAUCUCGCAGAACGGAACCUUGACCACCUUGGGGUUCUGGUUCCCUACUCUCGAAGGCGAGGACGGUGACCCGCAUUUUGCUUUGGAGGGUUCCAUUGCCGUGGCGGGCUCCAUCAUUCAGUGGUUGCGUGACAACUUGAAGCUUAUCGCGGACGCAAAAGAUAUCGGGCCAUUGGCAUCGCAAGUCGACAACUCUGGUGGCGUGUUGUUUAUCCCCGCUUUCUCGGGUCUUUACGCACCAUAUUGGGACAGAGGCGCUCGUGGCACCAUUUUUGGAAUGACGCAAUACACGUCCUCGUCCCACAUUGCCCGCGCCGCUUUAGAAGGUGUGUGUUUCCAGGUGAGAGCCAUCUUGCGGGCCAUGGCUGAAGAUGCGGGCUGCUCAAAGGACUUCUUGGAGGAGGCUUUGACAAACCAAAACGAGGCCAAGCCUCUCUCGACACUCGCUGUCGAUGGAGGUAUGUCGAAAGCCAAUGAGAUCUUGGAAAUCCAGGCGGACAUAUUGGGUCCUUGCGUGACGGUGAAAAGAGCUGCGGUUUCUGAGUGUACCGCCUUGGGUGCCGCUAUUGCAGCGGGCUUAUCAUUCAAGGACGAAAAUGAGCGUGUUUGGAAGAAUUUUGAUGAAUUCGUGAGCGAUAUUUCCGGCAGCGGAAGUGACGAUAAUGUUUUCAAGGCCAAGUUGGCUGAUGCAGAGAGGAGAAAGAAUUGGAGAAGAUGGGAGAGAGGUGUGGAAAGAGCCAGGAACUGGACGGACGAAGAGUAAAUCCUUCACUUUCAUUCUCAUAGAGUUUACGCAUAAUUAUUUAUUAUUUAAUGAAUCAGAUUUAAGUA